AUGGCAUCUGUGAAUCUACUUCCGGAGACGUUUCAGGCAACAAGAGAUGAUAUUCUGAUUCAAUUAAAGAUGGUAUUUGAAGCACUAAAAUGGCCAUUAAUCAUACCAAUUCUCAAGAUUAUGCUCUUCUUUUGUUUGAUUAUGUCAGUAAUGUUGUUCGUUGAGAGAGUUUAUAUGGGAAUUGUUAUCAGUUACAUAACAUUGUUUGGAAGAAAACCAGAAGUAAGAUACAAGUUUGAGCCCAUUAAAGAUGAUGAAGAAUUAGGGAAUUCCAAUUAUCCUAUGGUUCUUGUUCAAAUCCCAAUGUACAACGAAGAUAAGGUUUAUCAAUUGUCGAUUCGAGCUGCUUGCGGUCUAUCAUGGCCGUCUGAUCGGAUUAUUAUUCAAGUCUUGGAUGAUUCAACUGAUCCAACCAUUAUGGAUUUGGUACAGUUGGAAUGCCAAAGAUGGGCAAGCAAAGGAAUAAACAUUAAAUAUGAAAUCAGAGAAAAUAGAGUUGGUUACAAAGCUGGUGCACUUAAGGAAGGAAUGAAACAUAGUUAUGUUAAGCAAUGUGAUUAUGUUGCAAUUAUGGAUGCUGAUUUCCAACCUCAGCCUGAUUAUCUUCACAAAACUAUUCCUUAUUUCGUCCAUAACCCUCAAAUUGGUCUUGUUCAAGGUCGUUGGAGAUUUGUGAAUGCCGAUGAGUGCUUGAUGACAAGAAUGCAAGAAAUGUCCUUGGAUUAUCAUUUUAAGGUUGAGCAAGAAGUCGGUUCUUCGACCUACGCUUUCUUCGGUUUCAAUGGAACCGCAGGUAUCUGGAGAAUUGCUGCUAUCAAUGAAGCUGGUGGUUGGAAGGAUCGUACAACUGUUGAAGACAUGGACCUUGCUGUCCGUGCUAGUUUGAAGGGUUGGAAAUUCCUUUACCUUGGAAAUGUGCAGGUAAAAAGUGAAUUGCCAAGUACAUUCAAGGCGUUCAGAUUUCAACAACAUAGAUGGUCAUGUGGACCAGCUAAUCUAUUCAGGAAAAUGACAAUGGAGAUUGUCAGGAACAAGAAAGUCACAUUGUGGAAGAAAGUUUACACACUCUACAGUUUCUUCCUUGUCCGAAAGGUCGUUGCUCAUAUCGUCACGUUUAUAUUGUAUUGUCUUGUAAUUCCUGCAACCGUUUUCAUUCCUGAAGUCGAAAUUCCAAAGUGGGCUGCUAUUUACAUUCCCUGUGUCAUUACCAUUCUUAAUGCAUUUGGAACACCAAGGUCUGUGCAUCUACUAGUUUUCUGGAUCCUAUUUGAGAAUGUUAUGUCAAUGAACCGUACCAAAGCCACAUUCAUUGGUUUAUUUGAAACCGGAGGUAGAGUAAACGAAUGGGUUGUCACUGAGAAACUAGGAGAUGUUAAUAAAACCAAAACAGCAGCCGUUAAUGCUAAACCAGCAGCAGUCAACAAAAAACCCCGAUUCGCAAGAAUCGGAGAAAGAUUAUUCAUGUUAGAGCUUUGUGUUGGCAUGUACCUAUUCAUUUGCGCUUGUUACGAUCUGGCUUACGGGAAGAACCAUUUCUUCAUAUACUUGUAUGCACAAGCAGUUACUUUCUUCAUCAUGGGGUUCGGCUAUGUCGGCACUAUCAUUCCUUCCUCUUAAAAAGGCGAUACGACAUUAUUAUUCAUCCAUCCAAUUGGCGGUAUCGUCGUGUCACUAGUCGACAAUCAAAAUCAUCUGUAAUCUCUCAUCGCCAUUGUCCCAACAACAACAGCAACAACAACAUAAAGGAGCAUUGUCAUCUCUUUUUCGAUUCUUUUUCUACUUCUAAAGCAAUAGUUAUUGGGACUUGAUUAGUUCUGUUUGUCGUCUUUCUUUUUUUUUUUUGGAUAGAAGUUUUCUCGAUGUUUAGGAAUGGAAAACAAACAACAAGAAAGAACUUUUGAAUUUGGAUAUUUAUUAUAUAUAUAUGGGUUUGUGAUCAUCA